GCCACAGCGGUUAUGUAGACACUUCCAAUUUUCAGAGUGGUGUAAAAAUGUUUGUUUGAAUUUGAAUUGAUUAUUGAACACUUGAACAGAAUAUCAUCAAUGGACAAUGACACAAUAGUAAUGCCGACCUGAAUAACUAGCUAACAGCUACAAAAAAGCAAAAACUUUAGAUCUCUGUAGAAUGGAAGACGAACUAGAUGAUAGAGUUAUUUAUCAAACCUAUGUAUCUCACAUGAAAAUAAUGUCGAAAAUUGCAUGGACUUUCCCCUUGAAGCUGUCUCAUGUAACAUUCUCAGCCCAGACUUGGAGAAUACUGAAACUUUAUGUGUUGAAACCAGAAUUAAUAGUAUUUGGGACACUAGUAAUUCUAAUUUUGGUAUACAUGCAAGCAGUUGAUGUAUGGAGCCGUAAUUUAUUAGGUAGAUUGCAGCACACUAUCAACAUCAGAACCAGGACUAAGGUAGACAAACUCAGUUUCUUCAGUAAUGCUAAUUUAGAGAAGUCCAGCUGGCAGUUGAAAGUUGGAGCAGUGGCAGCAUAUGCUGUGCAAGGAAGAAGAGGGAAAAUGGAAGAUAGAUUUGUUAUCAAUGAUAAUAUAAACAACACUGGAGUUGCAUUAUUUGCAGUAUUUGAUGGACAUGGUGGAGAUUUUGCAGCAAAUUUUGCUAAAGAAAAACUAGCCCAGAAUCUGUUUGACAAAGUUAUAGAAAUAAAAGACUUAGCAUCUGGCAAAACUACCCCACAUGUAAAAACAUUACAAGUGGCUAGUGAAAUAGAAAAGAAAGACCCAGAGAAACCUGUUUCCCCAAGUCUUGUAGAACGAAGGAAGAGUUUCAGGAGAACUAGUUCUACUACAGAUGAAUGUGUUAAAGGAAUCAAAGAAAUAACAGAUGUAGAAUUACUGUCUAAAUUGGAUAACAUCAAACCUGUGAGUCGAGACUCAAGACCUUUGAAACUGACUCCUAGUAUGAAGAAAAUACCAGCCACUAGUUAUUUUGACCAUAAUGGUACUGUGAACUAUGGGAAACUUCUUACUGAUGAAAUUUUAGCUGCUGAUGAACGAUUGGUAGAAACUGCAAAAAAGAGUUUGGAUGUAGCAGGGACAACAGCUUUGAUAGCCAUGUUGGAUGAGCACAGACUUGUGGUAGCCAAUGUUGGUGAUUCAAGGGGUGUCAUGUGUGAUGGAAGAGGUAAUGCUAUUCCUCUAUCAUUUGACCACAAACCACAACAGAUGAGAGAACAAAAAAGAAUCAGAGAAGCAGGAGGAUUUGUGAGUUUCACUGGUGUUUGGAGGGUUGCUGGUAUCUUGGCAACCUCCAGAGCACUAGGAGAUUAUCCACUGAAAGAUAAAAAGUUUGUAAUUGCUGAUCCAGAUAUAUUGACUUUUGAUCUAAAAGAUCACAAACCUCUGUUCCUUAUUCUUGCAUCUGAUGGAUUGUGGGAUACAUUUUCAAAUGAAGAAGCUAUUAAUUUCAUUAAAGAAAGGCUUAAUGAACCAGACUAUGGUGCUAAAAGUCUAACUUUGCAAUCUUACUAUAAAGGUUCAUUAGAUAACAUCACAGUCAUCAUAAUAAAUUUCAAAAAUAAUGCUUAUAGUUCUUAUAGUAGUAGUGCAAAAGAGAAUGCCUCUUUAUAAUAGUGAUAAUUUGAAUGAACAAAUAUUCAUGAUAUUUUCAAUGUUCUCAACUGAUUUCAAACAGAAUUUUACAAAUACAGACAAAACCCACAAAACAUGUUUUAUCACCAUUAGUUUGGGCACUGCCUACUCUGUGUUGCUGAACUUGCUAAAGUUGAUUUUGUUCCCAUAGUUGUAUCUGUUCAUGGUACAAUGUAAACAGAGAAAGUCAGAGAAAAAAAUCAUGUAUCUCAGAUGUAUCUAUUCAUGUUCAGUUCCAUUGUGUUUUCCUCAAUCUCAACUACUUUUCAUUGUUUUGGAUAAGUAGCUGAAUAUGCUUUU